AAGAGAGCACAGGCAGUGAACCAGAAGAUGCUCCAGACUUUCAGAACAACAACAUGUUACUCUAUUUCCUGUCAUUUUAUUCCAGUAAAUAUCAGAAAAGCUCAUCUUAAGUCGCCGUUCUAAACAGCGGCUACAGCACGCCUCCCAGGUGAGCUGCUCCUCGGCGAUGGACUGCGCGCACACACCGGAGGAGCGAGCAGAGGUGAAGAAGCACCAGCACAAACACAGCCUCACGCGCCGCUUCCAGGUGCUGGAGACGCUCGGUAGAGGCGCGUACGGUAAAGUCAAGCGAGCGGUGGAGAGGCGCUGCGGGAAGACGGUGGCUAUUAAAUCUAUUAGAAAGGAGAGAUUGAGGGAUGAUCUGGAUAGAUCUCACAUCCAGAGAGAAAUCGAGAUCAGUGCCUCUCUCGUGCACCCACAUAUCAUCCGUCUGUAUGAGGUGUUUGAGAGCAGAGAGCGGAUCGUGAUGGUGAUGGAGUACGCGAGCGGAGGAGAGCUGUACGACUACAUUCAGGACAAACAGAGACUGUCGGAGGAGGAGGCCAGACACUUCUUCAGACAGAUCACCUCUGCUGUGCAGUACUGCCAUAGAAAUGGUGUGGUUCAUCGUGACCUCAAGCUGGAGAAUAUACUUCUGGACAAAGACUUAAAUGUGAAGUUGGCUGACUUUGGCUUGUCGAACCGCUACACGAGAGGCCAGUGUCUGGACACGUUCUGCGGGAGCCCACUGUACGCAUCUCCAGAGAUUAUCAAUGGCCUUCCUUACCACGGACCUGAGGUGGACUGCUGGUCUCUGGGUGUGCUGUUAUAUGCUCUGGUUUAUGGCUCCAUGCCUUUCGAUGGCACAGUUUACAGCGUCCUUAAAGAGCAGAUCCGCCACGGCCGAUAUAAGACCCCAGAUAUCCUGUCAGAGGCCCGUUCGUUGAUCGGAUGGAUGCUCACAGUGAAAACAGAGGACAGAGCCACUGUGGAAGACAUCGCUAACCACUGGUGGCUAAACCGAAACGGUCCCAAAGCUAAAGAGAUGAAACCGUGCGCCUCCACUCUACCCAGAAAGACACCUAAAGAAAGUAGAUUGUCCUCAAACAGCAGCUUCGAUCUGCUGUCGUCCCACAACCAGCCCACGAAGGGCAUCCUGAAGCAUCUCUACAAUCAGGUUGAGCACACAGACAGGUCUGUGUCUGCUGGAAACAGUACGGCAGCGACCGGCCAGGACGUGGAAAGAGUCGGGACAGAGAACGGGAGGACGAGGAAGGGCAUUCUCAAGUGUCACGGAAAGUUCUCCGGUGUUUCUCCAAUCACGUCGGCUCCUACGUGGUCACAUGGUUUGGGCGAAACGAGCCAGGAGUGUGAUGGAGGUGAGCAGCAGGAGAUGGAGUUUGAGAUCAAGAUCUCCCUGUGGAAAACACACGGGUCUACAGGUCUACACUUUCAACAGAAUACCUAUUUUGAUCAUGAGCAAUGAUUGUAAAUGCAUUGAAUUUAAUAACUAAGAAUAUCGGUUACACUUUACAGUUCAACUAGUUAACAUGAGAGCGUUAAGUAUCAUGAACAAUAUUAUGUAGCAUUUAUUAAUCUAGGUUAAUGUUACUGUAUUAUGUUAUUUUGAAAAAAAUAUAUAUUUAUUGUAUUUAUUUAAUUUAUAAAUAAACUA